AUGUUACGCACUCGUCUUUAUGUGGCGAUUUCAGUUCUUAUAUUUGCUGUGCACUCAUCACAAGCUGCUAAUUGUACAUCAACAUCGUUUGACCAAGCUGUAACUGCAGCACAAUUAGCUUUGUCACUAAUAAAUGGUACUCAAUAUGCAUCAUCAACAACAGACCAACUCAAUUCUAUGUUUUCUAAUGAUUUGGGUGAAAGUGCCGCUGGUAUUAAUUAUACUAUACAAAAAACCGGUGAUGCAGUUACAUUUUCAUAUACAAUUACUUUUGCUUGUAACGCCACAAUAACAACUGCAUUACCCGACGGUACACAACAAACAACAGAAGUUAAAUCUAAACUUAAUACAACUGCUGUUGGAGAAUGUAUUUCAGCUGGUCUUACUGAUCGAACUAAUCACAUAUCACUUACAGCUGAACAAGUCAAAGCAGGUCUAAUUGAUGCAACUACUGAAUUUAAUACGGGUGGUCCAAGUUAUUUUGAAUGGACAAUACACACAACAAAAUCAUCAUAUCUAAAUGCUUCAACAGCUAGCUCAUUUAAAAACGCGACUGAGUUUCCGACUGCUCUUGCUAAUUUUAUUCGUACACGGCUCAGUUCAAUUUAUCAAAAAAAAAUUAGUAACGUCACAUUUAUCUCAUUAACAACAGCUAAUACACAAUAUGCGCUGAAAUUUCGACUUUACUUUGUUGAUCGAAUAACGCCAGACAGUUCGCGAACAAAAAUCAUUACAAAUAUACAAACAACUAUUUAUCAAGCAAUACGAAAUUACUUUCCAUCAAUUCUAAAAACGACGAAAAUUCCAACAUCAUCAAGCAUUAGUGCACCAACACCAGUAGUUUUAAAAUCAACACGAAGAAUCUCAUUAUUACUGAACAAUAUUGCAAAUUCAGUACUAUCAGUAAGUGAUAAGAGUCCAUCAGUACUUGGCGGAGUAUCAAAUGCUAUCGGUAAUGCCAUCCAAGACCUUCGAGCAGCACUUCCAGUUCCGCCGCCAUCUAAGUCCGGUAAACCGGAUAAUUCUGAAAGCCACUCAGGCGAACGCGGUAAAGCUGGACACAAAGCCAAUUCAGGAGAAAAAAACAAAAAAAGUGGAUCGAGCGGUGCUGGAUCACAUGCACGACCGGCUCCACUUGGAGGAGUAUCAAAUGGUAUAGGUAAUGCCAUCCAAGGCCUUCGAGCAGCUCUUCCAGUUCCACCGCCAUCUAAGCCCGGUAAACCGGAUAAUUCUGCUAGCCACUCAGGCGAACGCGGUAAAGCUGGACACAAAGCCAAUUCAGGAGAAAAAAACAAAAAAACUGGAUCGAGCGGUGCUGGAUCACAUGCACGACCGGCUCCACUUGGAGGAGUAUCAAAUGGUAUAGGUAAUGCCAUCCAAGGGCUUCGAGCAGCUCUUCCAGUUCCACCGCCAUCUAAGCCCGGUAAACCGGAUAAUUCUGCUAGCCACUCAGGCGAACGCGGUAAAGCUGGACACAAAGCCAA